AUGGCGUCUUCAUCUGUAUCAUUAAAAGCACCUUGUACUGCAUGUGGUAAUAAAAGUGUAGGUAUAUUUCGAUGUGAAGGAUGUUUACAAGUAUUUUGUCGAAAACAUCUUAAUGAACAUCGAGAUUUUCUUAGUCAUCAAUUAGAUGAAAUUGCUCAAGAACAUGAUAUUUUACAACAAACUAUUCUUGAAAAUGAAGAUAAACAAGCAAAUGAUCUUCCUAUUUUCAAACAAAUUGAUCAAUGGGAAAAACUUUCCAUUGAGAAAAUUCAACAAAUAGCAGAAGAAGCUAGAAUACAAGCUAAAGAGUUAACUAGUUUACAAACAGUAUCAAAAGAAUUACAUGAACUUGCUGAACGAUUAGGAAAAGCUCGUAUAGAUGAUGAUUAUGUUGAAACAGAUCUUCAAACAUGGACAACUAUAUUAGAAAAAUUGAAAGAUGAUGUUAAUACAUUUUCACCUUCGAUUUAUAUUCAAGAAAAUCCAAAAGAAAUACUUGUUGCUAAAAUGUAUGUUUCUAAAACACUACAACAACCAAGAGAGCGGGAGAAGUUUAGAGAAUCAUAUGGUCCAAUUCUUAUUAAGAAUAAUGGUUUUAUGGCAACACAUAUCGGACCAAACAACGAUACGGCUUAUGUGCGCGGAUUAGGUGAAUAUUCAUUGGGUACACAUAAAAUUCGAUUUCUGUUCACAAAGAAUAGUAUUCAUUAUAUCACUUCGUUUAAAGUUGUCUCGGCAUUAAUGCCGAUCAGAGGAGUCUCUAAAUCGUCCUACGAAGGCUAUGGAUGGUCAAGCAUGGAUGAAAUUGAAUGUCCUGGUAAUCAAAUGAUAUUUAAUAGAAACACUCUAGAUAUGAAAGGUGAAACUUCAUUUGAAAUUGAACUUCAACUGGAUUGUGACAAUCAAAAGAUUAGUUAUGUCAACCAACGAACAAAGAAUAAAAGAGAGUUGAAUGUUGAUAUAACAAAAUGUCCCUUUCCAUGGCAAGUCCGGUUUUCUCUAUAUGAAGUUGGAGAUUGUGUUCACCUUUUACCUUGA